GAACACAACUCUGUGGCUUUCAUCAACGUUAUUGAAACUGUGGCCGCGGCAGGGAUGCAACCAGCAGAUUCAGACGGAGUUGAAAAGUCUCUACAGUCGCUGGUUUUCUUCGACUUGGAGACAACUGGACUGAGUCAGAGUUGUGAGAUCGUCCAGCUGGCUGCGGUGAGUGGAGGCCACUCACUCAACCUCUACGUCACCCCUCGGUGUCGAAUGCAGCGAGGAGCAGCCAAAGUGACCGGCUUCAGGGUCCGCAGGCAGAGACUGUACCUCCAUCGCCAGCUUGUCUUCACCAACUCCCUGCGAGAAGUCGUGGUGUCCUUCAUAGCUUUCCUCCAGAUGCUCGGACGGCCUCUGGUCAUCGGCCACAACAGUCGCCGCUUCGACUGUCCGCUGUUGGCUCGAGCUCUCGAUGAACUGGACCUCAGAGCACAGUUUGAGUCGUCCGUCUCAGGCUGUGUUGACACUUUACCGCUGGCUCGGGAGAUACUGAAGGAGCGUGGCCUCCAGAGUUUUCGACAGGAGAACCUGGUCAGGGAGCUGCUGGGUGUGAACUACAAGGCCCAUGAUGCUUUGGAGGAUGUGCGGGCGUUGCAGGGUCUGUACGGUGUGCUUCAGCCCACACCAGAGUUGAUCUGUAGGCAUAUGUUUACUCUGGACACCAUGAAAAACAAAACAGCUGCUAAAUCUAAAGUGCCACCAGGACAGCGCCCCCUGUGGGAGAACUUCCAGCAGACGGUGAAGGUCGCAGAGAGCGAAGAAGACAAAGAUACAAAGCAGAGCAUGUGAAACAUCUGGAAGACACACAGUACUA